UCUUCCUCCUGGCCCUCUCUCACAACAACCAAGACAAACGCCCACAACAUGCUGCAAAAUUUCCAAGUCCGCCAUCUAUUGCUUGGCCUCAGCUUUGCAAAUUGCAAUGCCCCAGCUUCCGGGACACCAUGAAUGUCUGGUCAUUUUUUAAUGCCUAAAUCUUGGCUGGUUCUACUAACCAUCUCCAAUAGUGAAACUUCUUCGGCAGACCGAGAGAAUCAGAACGGAUGACAAGUUUGGCACCUUUUCUUUUUCCUCCACCAAUGAAGACCGAUACCUCGAAAAUGGAGGAAUAGUCCUUGUCAGGAAGCAGAGUUCCUUCGCUUGUGAUGUCUCGGUUAGGAGUGAAGCUCGUUAGCUGCAAUGGAGUCCAGAUGAUUGGGAGAAUUCCUGUCACAGCUGUUGAUUUUGUGAUGGUAACAGGCAGGAGGAGUGGAAUUCUGCACAAUGGUGUUGCUUGCCUGGAGAGGAGGAACAAAGGGGUAGCACAGAAAUGGGUUUCAUUACGCGAUAUUGGUGGUUCACAGAAGUGGAGAAUCAAGGCAGGAGGGGAGAGUUUGUGGUUUCAGAUGAGGAUCUGAGGGUCGAGAGUGAAGACUGUGAAGCUCCUCUGGUGAUUGAGAAUGGGUGGAGAGUGAGGAGUUUAGUGCAGAGGGAGGAAGAGAUGAGGAGCGUGGCUGAUGUUCAGGCUGAGGCUUUCUAUUCUCCAAUGGCGUUCUUCAAUGGGUUCUUCUUUGAGAUUUUCAAGGCUGAAGUGCUCGCGGGCCUCCUCUACAGGAUAAGGAAUUCGGCACCAAACAGGUAUGCAUGUUUGGUUGCUGAAACGGACAACAAACCUGAAUCUCAAGCAGUAACAUAUCCCAGGAUCAUCGGCGUGGUGGAUGUUACGGUUUUGCGGGAUGAUUCUGUACUUCAGUUCCUUGACGACGCAGAUGAGUAUCUCUAUGUUUCAGGCAUAGCAGUGCUCACAGCGUUCAGACGAAGAAAAGUCGCGACAGUGCUGCUCAAAGCCUGUGACUUGGUUGCCAUGCUGUGGAAGUUCGACUACCUGGUACUCCGGGCAUACGAGGACGAUGUGGGUGCACGAAAACUAUACUCCACAGCAGGUUACAGGGUAGUGGCGAAGGACCCUCUAUGGAUGACUUCUUGGAUCGGCCGAAGGCGGCGAGUUUUGAUGAUCAAGAAAACGCCUCCAGAUCAAGAACUUAAUCCAUGACACGCAUCAUGCAUUUCAUGACAUCCUUCAAAUAGAAUUCAGAACAAGUUGGAUGCUCAGCAUUCCAACCAUUUCAGGUGGAAAUUUCAGAUAAUGUUUAGUUCAAGAAUCCCUUGGACUAUAUUAUUUCAUCACAUUGAACGCCAAGUUCUCAUCUCCAAACCUUAUCGCCAGCUUUUCCAAAUUAUCCGAAUAACAGGAGAAAGAUACCAACAUGUGCUUCAUGAUAAACCGAUCUCCAAAAAACAAAAAAGUCUGCCACAGUUUAUGAACCCUAAUCAUAUUCUGCACUUAGUCUUACAUGUACAGUGAACGUUCAAUUGCAUAAACAUUACAUUAAUGUUGUUGUACUCGGCGUUUCUUAAAGAAACAAGUUUGGAGCAUCUUAAUUCAUAAUGCUUCGAUUACUUAAUCAAAUGUAAAUUUUAGAUGAGCACCAUACCACUCAGAACGCCAGCCAAACCGUCCCUCACUACACCAUCACUUUAACAUAUUCGGUACCAAAAUUGCAACUGUCUAAAUUGAUGACAUCUCUGAUCAUUUUAUUCAAUAAGUUUCAGCUAGGAGCCCACAAGAUUUAGAAGACCAACAGGAAUGCUCCGUCUCUUCAAUCUGUUCGAACAUCAUAUGCCAAAAAGUGCUUCUGAUGGCAUCGAUCAUUUUCAUCUCAGAACAGAAAAGAGGGGAAUUGGAAAUGCGAUCACAUUGGACGAUGAUGCUGUUCUUACAAUCUUCAGUGUUUUCCCGUCCAAUUACAUUGUAAUGCAAGAUGAAUUAUCAAAGGGAGCAACAUCUCAGAGUUCUAAAUGGUUGCAUUGCAUGAGCAAGCAUGGUAAACUAAAGGGUGUGAUCCAUUUGAAACAAAAAAAAAAAAAAGAGG